GAAACGAGAGGCUUGGACGGACGGGAUGGACAUGGCGCGGUACGAGUCAUGCUACCGGCACUGGAUCGCCGGGCAGGAGGCAGGCCUCGCCGAGCUCGAGGCGGCGUCGGCCAAUGCCGCCGCGGGCCGGGCAACGGACGCCGAGCUGCGGACCGUGGUGGAGCGGUGCAUGCUCGGGUACCAGGACUACGCCACCCGCAGGCGCGCGCUGUCGCGGGAGGACGGCGUCGCCUUCUUCGCCCCGCCCUGGUGCACCGCCUUCGAGAACUCCGUGCUCUGGCUCGGGGGCUGCCGCCCUUCGCUCACCGUCCGCCUGCUCUACAACCUCUCCGGGGAGGGCCUGGAGGCGCAGGUGGAGGAGCUGCUCGGCGGCCUCAGCAACGGCGUCAUCCCGACCGGGGCCCUGGGGAUCACGUCCGCUCAGCUGGUGCUCAUCAACGACCUCCACAGCCGGACGGUGCACCAGGAGAACGCCCUGUCGGACCGGCUCGCCACCCUGCAGGAGGACAUCGCCGACCGCCCGCUCCUGCCCAUCGUGCGGCAGCGCGAGCUCGCUGCCGCGGCACGGUUGGGAGCUGCAGCUGCUGCCAGCGGAAGCUGCGACGGCGCGGCGCGGCGGCGGCUCAGGGCGGCCCGGCUAGGAGCCGCGGACGCCGAGGUGGACGCGGCGCUGGACAGCUACAAGGCCGCGCUGUCGCGGCUGCUGGUGGAGGCCGACGAGCUGAGGAUGGCGACGGCGCGGGCGCUGGCGACGGAGAUCCUGACGCCUCGGCAAGCGGUGGAGAUGCUGGCGGCAGGCAAGCACCUGCACCUCUCCGUCCGCGACUGGAGCCGCCGUAGGGAAGCAGCAGCUGGCGCACAGCAACAGCUUGGCGGGCAGAGCGCCGGAACGGACAACACCGUCCGCCCGAGCACAUGAAAGGCUUGCCAUUCCUCGCCCUUGCCUGCAGCUAGUUAGUAGCAUCCCGUGUGUAGCUUGGACACCACACAACCUCUCUAGUACCCGCCUGUCUUUCUAUAUAGACCGAUCGAUCACCAUGUGCAUGGCGUCCAUUAAUAUGUACAAAGUUGGUGCUUGGUGUUUUUGUUCCUAAGAACCUAAAUUAAAUACCGCAGUGCUUGCAUGA